AUGCACAUAUACGUGGAAUCCUGUCGUCCAGAUUCUGGCUCCUCCUCUGGAACUGUCGUGCUUGGAGAGGAGAGUCGAACCAUUAAAGCCAACCCAACCUUGUUCAUUUUCUCUCUUUCAGCCCAUCACUUUAUCGUGGUCACCGCGUGCCAUGAAGCCGACUAUGGCCAGUUGAUCGAGGAUUACUGCCUAAGCCAGUUUAAAUUUGACAUGGAAGUGAUAGGGCAGAAGCUGUGGUGUGACUGGGAUGAGACUGUAGGCUCCUACGGCGAGCUCAUCAACUGCACCGUCCUGAUAGCCGAGAAACUGGCUUGCUAUUGGCCGAACCAGCUGGUGGACGAGUUCUUCAUAGCCAUUCACAAGCACUAUUUCAAAAAUUGCUCCCUCUCUGGGAGGUCUCUACGCGACCCACCGAACAACAUUCUAUACCCGUUCCUUGUGGUCCCCAUCCUCAUCACCCUGCUCAUGACGGCGCUGGUGGUGUGGCGGAGCAAGCGGAGCGAGGGCAUUGUGUAA